ACCUACCGCUUAGCAGAUAUAUUGGAGCUCGUACCCUGUUAGAUUCUGCAACAAAUAAACAUCAUCUUCUCUUCCCUCUCUCCCUCUCCCUCUCCCUCAUUCAUUUUCCUCCUUUACAAAUAUUCAUAAUUGGUGAAAGAAUCAAUUGGGACGAAUAGCCCUCUCCUCUAUCUCCCUAUUAUUAUCCCUUCAUUUUUGCUUUGAAUGCAGCAAAGUUUUCUUGUACCUAACCAUGGGAAAGAAAACCGCUACCUCGUGGCUGUCAAUAGUGAAAAAGGCCCUCAGCUCACCAGCUAAAGAUAAUGAGAAAAAGAGUAGCAGAAGAAGAGACGAAUGUGGCCAGGAAGAGGAAGAAAAGAAGAGGGAGAAGAGAAGAUGGCUCUUUAGAAGGCCUAGUAAUAUCAAUCAUGUCCAACAAUGCGAAGCAAAGACAACAACAGAAGCUACCCGCAGUACUACUGUACCUGUGAAUCCUGCAUUGGAUAUUGCAGAUCAAAGGCACGCAAUUGCGGUUGCAGCAGCCACUGCAGCAGCAGCUGAAGCUGCUGUGGCAACAGCUCAAGCAGCUGUUGAGAUCGUUAGGCUUAGUUCCAAACCUUCCAAUUAUACUAACGUUACAGAACACUAUGCUGCUAUUGUCAUUCAAACAGCUUUUAGACGCUACCUAGCAAGGAGAGCAUUGCGUGCACUGAAGGGGCUAGUGAAGCUCCAAGCUUUAGUGCGAGGACACAAUGUCAGACGGCAAGCGAAGUUGGCACUAAAAUGCAUGCAAUCUUUGGUCCGAGUACAAGACCGAGUGCUCGAUCAACAGCGUGCAAGGCUUUCACAUGAAGGGUACAGAAAUUCUAUGUUCGCUGAAACCAAUGCCUUGUGGGAGUCUAGAUAUUUGCAAGAUAUUCGUAGUAGAAAGUCCAUGUCCAGAGAUAUGAGUUGUACAACGGAUGAGUGGGACGACAGGCCACAGACAAGCGAAGAGAUCGAAGCAAUAUUGCAAAACAAGAAGCAAGCUGCAUUAAAACGUGAAAAAGCCCUUGCUUAUGCUUUCUCUAACCAGGUAUGGAGAUAUGGAAGAAACCCAUCUGCGGGAGAUGAAAAGGAGCUAGAGGAGAGAACAAAAUGGCUUGAUAGGUGGAUGGCCACAAAGCGAUGGGAAAGCAACAGUAGGGUAUCAACUGAUAUAAGAGACUCUAUAAAAACAGUAGAAAUUGAUACUUAUAAGCCACAGUCCUACUCUUCUCCAACAAUCAGAAAAUCCCAGUAUCAAAAUCACAAACAAUUUCCCACUUCACACUCUGUUGCUUCUCCACUGGACAGAGAACACCACAAUUUCUCUCUUAACCAAUUUCCAGCCACACCUUCUCCUUGCAAAACAAAGCCUUUGCAAGUGCGUUCAGCCAGCCCUCGGUGCCUUAAAGAAGAGAAAUGCUACUACUCAGCGGCAAACACUCCUAGCUUGGCCUCCACAUAUUGCACACAUAAUGGAAUAUCUCGGUACGGCAACGCAGCUGCCACGGUGCCCAAUUAUAUGGCCACUACUGAGUCUGCAAAAGCCAAGGCAAGGUCCCAAAGUACACCAAAACAAAGGCCAUCAACUCCUGAGAGGGAACGAGGUGGAUCUUUAGCUAAGAAGAGACUUUCUUAUCCAGCUCCUGAAAGUCAUGUUGGCAUUGGACGUAGUAGCUUUAGCCAGAACUUGAGAAGCCCCAGCUUCAAGAGUGCAUUUGAGGGGCACUACGGCAUGGAGAAAGAAUCAUUCUUCUCUUCCUAUCAUACAGAGAGUUUUGGGGGUGAAAUUUCUCCAUGUUCGACUACUGAGCUAAGGUGGUUGAAAUGAGAACAUGAGACGUAAUGAUGUAUGCUUUUGAUGAAGGAUAUGAUAUUUAGCCAUUAUUUUAUCUAAUUUGAAAUUAACUCGCCGUUUGGAUUGAGAAAUA